AUGAAAUUGCUGCUCGACUCCUCCUCAUCCCUCCUCUUCUCGCUGCUAUUGGCUCAGCUGCCAGUGUUUACGUCUGCCUUUCCAGCCCCACAUCGGCGGCCCACUGACAUGGAUAAGCUGUCCAAUCAGACCAAAAACCUGAUGAAGCUCACCCAGGAACUGCUGAGGGAGCAUGCGUUUGACUCAGAAGUGGAGCCCCACAGGUUCAGGUCUCUGCCAGAAAUGAGCAACAGAUCAGCCAAUGACCUCAACAGUCUUGAGCUGAAGCCCACACUCUCUCAGCUGCACGCUGACCUGAAGCUGUACGAGCACCACUUUGAGUGGCUGAACAAGGUUUCGAAGAAGCACCAUCACCCUGCUGUGCCCAAGCUGGUGGAGAUGAUCAGAGAAAUGAAAUCUCUCAUCAACCUGCUGCACCGCCAGAUGCUGAGAGUUGAAGCACCGAGGCUGACUCCGGCGAUCCCCUCCCUCCCCCCUCACCUCCCCUAUCAGUUCGAUGUACUGCAGUCCAGCCACGAGCUCCUCCAACACUUCAAGCUCUUCUGUGAUUGGGCAUACAGAGCGUUCGUCAGCCUCAAGCCCAAAGCGACUGCAGUCCAAUGAUGAUCCGAGAACUGCUUGGCUGCAGAGCCAUGAGGAUACAUGGAGUCCUGCCUCAGCCAAAAGGGGAAUAAGGACCAUGUCAGUGUGCACUGCAGUCAACAGCGUCCCUCAAGAGGCCAGAACAUCAACCAGUGACAUGAGUGUUGAAGAAUGUGUCUUUCUACCAGAGCCAAUGAGGAUGCGCUACACUGCAGCCAUUUACGACCAUCGAGAUUCCCCCGUUAAAGCAAACAGCCGGUUUAACCAUGAUGAUCACUUCACCAUUCCCCAAACAUUCUACUAAAGGCCUUGUUCAUGACCAUGUUAUUUAUGUAUUUAUUUAUUUAUUGACUGUCGGUAAUUUAUUUAAUUCUAUUUAUUUGACGUCGUAAUGUGUCACUCUCUUCUCUAUUUCUGUAUCAACGUGAAUUUAUUUGCCCGCAACUUUUGUCAUCUUUCCUUUUUUGUAGUGUGUCUCACUGAUCCUCAAGACAAACACAGUAGCACUUCCUGAACCUGUAGCUCUGAUCAUCCUUUGUUUUAACUUAACUUAAUUUAAUUGCAUUUCUUCAGCCAAUACUUCUUGCAGUAGGUGUAGCAAAGAGUUUUGCAUAGCCAAAGUUUUCACAAUCUAAUCACUUACAGUGCCCUUAAAAUAAACAGUUUAGAUGAUAGAAAUGUCAUUUUCUAACAAUGUUUAACGUAUCAUGUAUUAACGAACCAAUUGGUGGCAUGUGAAAUUAUUUUAAUUUGUUAUUGUCAGGAUGGUAGUCAAAAAGAAGUCAAUACUUCUACCACAGGCAGAGUUUUUAGGCCUUUUUUCCCCGUUCUGCAUCAGGAGGCAUAUUUCACAUUGUGGUAAAGUUGUAUGAAUGUGCCCUGUUGCUGAGCACUGAUGGACCUGAUUAGAUUCUUUGCACAAACUUGUUAGGAUUAGCCUCUUGGAUGAGAGAGAUGGCUGAUUUUGAACAUGUGAUUUUUUUGGGUAGAAAAGUUUGUUUGUUAGUUUUCUUUACUUUAACACCCAAAGCCUUAAAAUACUAUGUAUUGUAACACUACGUUCUGUACAGGUGUACAUACAUUUACAAGAAUGUAAAUUGUUGUAUACAGUGCUUUGUGUAUUAUGUUGUUUUCUACAAUAUAAUGUAGUCUGCUUUACCAAUUUUAUCACUAUAAUUUUUUGUUAAUUCCCUUUCUAGUAUUUGUAACAGUAUUGACUAUUUAUUUAAGUAUCUUGGUGGAACUAUUUAUUUUGUGCUGCAGCGGAGCAAGACUCCUGUCUUUUGUACUUUUAUACAGUUUUCGAUUCUUAUUUACUAUUAUUAUACCAUCAUGUUUAAAUUAUUGUUGUAACAUCAAGUUGCGUCUUCCACACACUGAUUGGCCUCAAUGUGAAAUAUGUGCCUUGGUGAAAUAAAUUCUAAAGAAUGUGCACAAUG